GCAUCGAAUUAGAAGUAGUAAACGAUGAAGUAAAAUCCAAACUUUACAAAAAGUUCGGAAUGACUGAAGCGUCCGUCAAAAGAGAUGUGGAACAUCUCAAAGCAUGGAUUCAAAAACAACCUCAUCUGCCUCCUGUUACAGAUGACAGUCUACUAGAGUCGUUCCUGUUCAACUGUAAGAACAGCCUGGAGGUGGCCAAGACAAAGCUGGAGAAUUACUACACCGUGCGAGUGACAAUACCAGAGUUCUUCAAAGACAGGGACCCAGCGGUUGAUGACUUCCUUGAUCACAUUGUAUACACCUACCUACCUCGCCUUACCAAAACCCAGGAACGAGUGGUAAUAUUUACGGUAUAUGGUAUGCCGGCCAGUCGGUAUAAACCGCUUGAAACCGGUAUGGCCAGCCUUAUGUUAUCAGAUCUGCUGGUAAGGCGUGACACCAAUGAUGGCGUGCAUAUAGUAUAUGACUCACAGGGUGUCAGUGUGGAGCAUACCACCAGCAUACCAUUGCAGGCGUUCAAGAAUUUCAUUUAUUGCUAUAUGCAAGCCUACCCUAUGAGGAUCAGUGGGAUUCAUGUACUAAACGCUACUUCGAUCACUAUUGCCAUGCUAAAUGUAGCGAAAAUGUUCCUCAAAGAGAAAUUGAGGGAGAGAAUAAAAAUACACAGCAGCUACCAGUCUCUGGUGGAGCAGAUUGGAGAGGAAGCUCUGCCCAAAGAGUAUGGAGGUACCUAUCCUCACAGCAUGAAAGAAAUCAGAGGAUUCUGCCACAAAACACUGCUAGACAAUCGUAGCUGGUUCCUGAAGGAGCAGAGCAUUCUUCCUGACCUCAGCAAAAAACCAGGCGCUGAGAAUCAAAUACCACAAACACAGCUAUUCGGACUGGAAGGAUCGUUUAGGAAAAUUGAAAUUGAUUGAAAAAUAUUCCAAUAAGUGUAAAAAGAGACAAGAAGCUCGAAAUGUUUUGACUAAAUUACGGUGAAAGUGAAAAAUAUGAGCAUAGCCCCCUCUAAUACAAGUAUUAAUACUUUAUUAAAGGUGGCUAUGAUAUGAGAGCAGCCAUAUCAAAUAUUGUAAAAAUCAAUAAAUUGUAAAAAUCUGUUUUGGUGGGCAAUUUUGAUACGGUAACAAAAAAAUGCUCUAAUUAAAUCAUUUCUGGAGGAUAAUUUUUGUAUCAUUUUUCCUUUUAUGACUUGUAAAAUUAUUUGUAUUAUCAUGAAAUUGUAAAAAUCUGUUUUCGUGGGCAAUUUUGAUAAUGUAACGAACAAAUUGAUUAAUUCCUAGAGGUAAAUUCUUGUAUUAUUUAAAGAUAAGAUAAAAAAUUAUUUGACAAGUGA